UGCCGGCAGAGGUCUGAGGUCUGACGGACGCCGCUCCUCCCCGGCUCCUCCGCUCCCGGCUCCCGGCUCCCGGCUCCCGGCUCCCGGCUCCUCCGCUCCCGGCUCCCGGCUCCCAGCUCCUCGGCUCCAGCUCCUCCGCUCCCGCAGCCGCGCCGACGCUCCCGUGCUGCGCCGCGCAGCCCUGGCUGAGCCGCGGAGCCCCGCAGCGGGCGCCAUGCCGCUCACACGCCCCGCGCUCCUGGCCGCCGCGCUGGCGCUGCUCCUCGGGCUGCCGGCGGCGCGGGCCGGGGCCGGGCCGGGUCCCGGUACCGGGGCGGCGGGCGCGGGCCCCGUCGUGCGCUGCGAGCCCUGCGAUGCCCGCGCCCUGGCCCGGUGCGCGCCCCCGCCGGCCGGCUGCGCGGAGCUGGCGCGGGAGCCGGGCUGCGGCUGCUGCCUCACGUGCGCGCGGCGCGAGGGCCAGGCGUGCGGCGUCUACACGGAGCGCUGCGGCGCCGGCCUCCGCUGCCUCCCGCCGCCCGGCGAGGCCCCGCUGCGGGCGCUGCUGGAGGGCCGCGGGCUCUGCGCCAACGCCAGCGCCGCCGCCCGCCCGCCCGCGCCAGCAAACGGCAGUGAGGCGGAGGAAGAGCAAAGCGCAGUGACCGCGGGGAGCCCGGCGCUGACGGGCACACACUGGGCCCCCGACUCCAGGUUCCACCCCGGCCACACCAAGAUGGACGCCAUCAGGAGGGGGAGCGCCAAGGACAGCCAGCGCCACAAGGUCCACUCGGGGGCCCAGAGCACCGUCACCCAGAACUUCUCCUCCGAGACCAAGCAGGACACAGAAUACGGGCCCUGCCGCCGGGAGAUGGAGGACACGCUGAACCAACUCAAGUCCCUGAGCACCCUGAGCCCGCAGGGCAUCCACCUCCCCAACUGCGACCGGAAGGGCUUCUACAAGAGGAAGCAGUGCCGCCCGUCCAAGGGCAGGAAGCGCGGCUUCUGCUGGUGCGUGGACAAGUACGGGCAGCCCCUCCCCGGCCAGGACCCGCGGGGCCGGGCGGACGUGCACUGUGACGGCGCGGAGAGCCCGUGACGUGUUCCUCGAACUCCAGCACCGACGGCACCACAGACGGCCACGGCGGUGACCAGCAGUGGCCAUGGCCUCGAGCACCUCUCUUUCUCUGGCGAAUCCAUUUCCUUUAACCCCUCCUUUAGGGUGAGCCCCCCGAAACGCCAGCGGUGUGCGGAGCGGCUCCCUGCCCCAGCAGCCAGGGCACCGCCUGACUUUUCUCAUUGCCGCUUCUGGACCUCCCAUGAGCUCAAGCUCAGGCCGGGCCUCAGGCUGCCCGGGACCCCGUCCGCUGGCACAGCCCACCGGGACCUCACGCCCGAGCACCCCUGCCCCAUGGGCCUCCCGGGACCGCCACCCUCUCCCUGGGGUGUCUGCACCUCUGGACACACCUGCGAGGAGCCGAGGCCUGCGCCCCCCUGCCCCUCUGCCCACCAGCGAGCUCCUGCCCUCAGGCAGCCGUCCGCUUGGGACGAGUGAGACCAUGAGGUGGAGUCCUGCCUUUUUUUUUUUUUUUUUUUUUUAAGACCAAGAAGGUGCUCAGACGGGGCACCUGGAGACGUGGGUGGCCCAGCAGGCUCCACAGGGCAGGGAGGGGGGUGGGGGUGGAGAGGUUGGCUUUGUCCCCAACAGCACACAAUGCUCGGGCGGCAGGAAAGGGUGUUUUCCACUCACAACUCCAAAGCCAAGGCGGUUUCUGAGGAUAGGCUCCUCAGAGGCCAAGGUUUGCUCAUCCCUCACCACAUGUCCUCCUUACACAGUGUAACACGUAUGAAUAGCCAUGUAUCUAGCCAGAUCCCGGAAUCCCCCUCCUGAUUCCCGUGUUCAGAGAAGCGCCUCGUGAGCUGUCACGCUGCACUCACCGCACCCACACGUGACGGGACCUGGAGCCAGGCUCGGUGCCCUCGGCCAGGCCAGGGGGUCCAGGCACUGCCUGCCUUUCGCUUUCCUUUAUUUUUUUAAUCAAGUUUUUUAAUCAAAUAAGGUAUUUUGGAGACGUCGGUCUCACCAUGUAUUUAUAAUUGGUCAAUAAAGUUUUUACCGUGGAAA